AUGAGUAAUAUAAGAACUUUGAACGAUUACAGGGACAAUUAAAAUAAUCAGAACUCAAAUUACUAAUAGAAUCCUCCCAGAGCUUAAGCAUAUGUAGUUGGAGGAUAAUAAAAUAGACAAUCUUAAUUAUAACACUAGGAAAGCAAAGAAACCUGCAAACCAUUAAAACUCUGCUUUUAUCUAUUUUUCCCGAAUUUCAAAUUGAAGUCUGUGACUUUUGCAUAUGUAGUUAUAUUCUUAUUGGUGUACAUCAUCGAUGAAAUUGUCCAUGCUGCUAAAAAGGCAUAAGGAGGCAAAAAUAUUAUAUCAUGGGCUUGUAUAUUAUAUGAAAGUGGAGCUAAAUUUACCUAUGCAAUUUCUAAAUAAGGGCAUCUUCAUAGACUUUUCAUGCCAAUGUUUUUGCAUUCAGGAUUUUUUCAUAUAUUUUGGAAUAUAUUCUCUUUUUUUAUGAUUGGCUUUUCAAUUGAAAAUUCUAUGGGCAAAUGGUAUAGAUAUGCAACUCUUUUAUUAAUAGGAGCUAUCGGUGGAAAUAUUUUUAGUGCUGUCAUUGAUCCGUACAAUUUUGGAGUUGGAGCAUCGACAUCACUUUUUGCCGUUCUUGCCUGUCUUUGUACUUGGUUUUAUUUGAACUAUGAUAGACUUGGACCUAUGAAAUUCCAAUAUAUGAUUUUCUUUGCAUUGAUGGUCUGCUUUGCGUUUUUAAACGGAUUUCUUUUCCCAGGGAGUGGAGUUGAUAGCUGGGGACAUAUGGGAGGAUUUCUCUAUGGGCUUGCCCUUUCAUUUAUAUUACUAAAAGGUUAAGAUAUGGCUUAGUAAAAAAGAUUGGAUAGAUUUAGAGUACCAGCAUACUUGUUCCUUAUAGUAAUAACAGCAGCUUUUACGGUAGCUAUGUUUGCAAGAAAUCUUCCUGAAUGUGAUAAAAUUGAUUGUGCUCAUAUUUGUGACAGAUGA